ACGGCAGUGGUCACCUGAUCUUUGGAUAUCAAUUUUCGGUUGCGUUUCGUCACUUCAACAAGUGUCAAGUCGUAAGACUGGCAGGAAAACUUGGCAGUGCGAUGAUGAAGCGGUAAAACAAGUUGCGCGGGGAAAAUGCCGAGCCUGGAGUACGGGGAGCUCGGGGGCAGCCUGCCCGCCAUCGCCUCGCUGAACGCGUCGUAUUCCACCUCGCUGUCGCUGCCGUCCCCGUACCUUCUGCUGCCGCCGCCCGGCGAGCGCAAGCUCAUCUCGGACGCGCGCCGUACAUUCUGCCUUUUCGUCACCUUCGACCUGCUCUUCAUCUCGCUGCUGUGGAUCAUCGAGCUCAACACCUCCAGCACCAUCUGGGACCGCUUGGAAAAGGAAGUCAUCCGCUACAACUUUAGGUCUUCCUUCUUUGACAUCUUUCUCCUGGCGCUGUUCCGCUUCCUGUGCCUGCAGGUGGGUUACGCCGCCUUCCGGCUGAGGCACUGGUGGGUGAUCGCGGUCACCACCCUCGUGACGAGUGUCUUCCUCGUAGUGAAGGUCAUCGUUUCUAACCUUCUUUCCGAGAAUGCAUUUGGCUAUGUGCUGCCUAUCACCUCCUUCGUGGUGGCCUGGCUGGAGACUUGGUUCUUGGACUUCAAGGUGCUCACACAGGAGGCGGACGACGAGCGAGCUUACCUGGCGGCGGUUAACGCCGCUUGUGAGCGCGCCCCCAUCAUGUACCCUCGCGCCAUGUCUGAUGGACAAUUCUAUUCUCCACCCGAAUCGGUUGCAGGCUCUGAGGAAGAUCUCGACGAGGAGGGUCUCGGCCGGCGCGCCAUCACCGCUCAGGAGAAGGAGUUUGUGCGACAAGGACGUGAGGCCAUGACCAUCUUGGAGCAGAUCCUCGCCCAGGAGGAGAACUGGAAGUUUGAGAAAAACAACGACAUGGGUGACUCCGUCUACACCCUGGAGAUUCCAUUCCACGGCAAGACGUUCAUCCUCAAGGCCUUCAUGCAGUGUCCUGCUGAGCUGGUGUACCAGGAAGUAAUUUUGCAGCCCGAGAAGAUGGUCCUGUGGAACAGAACCGUGUCUGUCUGCCAGAUCCUGCAGCGGGUUGACGACAACACGCUGGUGACGUAUGACGUCUCGGCCGGGGCGGCCGGAGGAGUGGUGUCCGCCCGGGACUUUGUAAAUGUCCGGCGGGUGGAGCGUAAACGUGACUGCUACCUGUCUGCCGGUAUAGCCACCGAUCACGACACCAAGGUGCCGAGUGGACGUUACGUCAGGGGAGAGAAUGGUCCUGGCGGAUUUGUGGUGCUCAAAUGCAGCAGCAACCCGUCCGUCUGCACGUUCAUCUGGAUCCUCAACACGGACCUGAAGGGUCGAGUACCACGUUACCUCAUCCACCAGAGUCUGGCCGCCACCAUGUUUGAGUUCAUGUUCCACCUUCGCCAGCGCGUUGCCGAGCUGCGGCCCGCCAUGCGCUGCCACCGCCAACACCACGCGUGCUAGGACCAUGACCGCGACAAAGACGGGAAGGAGGCGUCCCUGCGACUCGGGCAGACGUGACACACGUGAGCACGCGUUGGCCACACUUGGGAAAAAAAUGCGGCCAUUAAGACAGAACUUUUUUCUGAGCCUUCUUCUGCUUUCUUUGGUCUGUUCUUUCACUUCGUCUUGUGCGUUCCCGCUAAACACAUACUCUACUUGACCGCAAGAGGGAGACACCACCAGUCGAAGCUGAUCUCCUUGCCUUUGGAUGCCAAAAAAAUAAAUAAAUAAAAGGCUGCUAAGUUGGGUUGCAAAAUUGUGGAAAGGUUCCAGUCAAUUGCCAUGGUUAAUUAAGAUGGGGGAUGUAAAUAAUCAUAAUUGGAAACUUUCCAAAGGAUUUAACUGGGAAAUGAGGGUAAUUUAAUGGAAAUCUAAAAUAUUCUAGCAUAAUAUAAUAAUUUUGUAUUGUCAUAAGCAGACAUCCAUGCAAAAUAAAUAGCUCUCCUUGACCACAUGCAAAGGGGAUUACAGUACCUUAAUUCCUCUAUUUAUUAUUAUUAUUAUUUUUUUUUACUUCACUCAAGCAGCAGUGUAUCUGAAGCUUGCUCGUGCCUCCACUUUGGUCUCGCAACACAAAGCAAAAAAUCUACCAGACGACGACUCCUAACUGGAAACACUUGUCCGUUGGGGCUCCUGUAAAUCUAGAUACCACUGUACUUGCAUGAAAUCUAGUUGUUUUAGUCUGGAUUAUGCUAAAAUAUAUUUCCCCCACCUAUAUUUAAAUUCCCUAUUAAGAGCCAACCUUCAAUUUGGUAAAUUGAUGGUUUAUUCCCCUUCAUUCACAUUAAUUCCCAUACAAUCCUGUUAAUUCCCAGGAAAAGUUUACAACUUGGAAAAUUCCCAGAACUUUGCAACUCUAGUACCAAUCGCCAUUUGUAGUUCAAUAACAGGACAUAGCUACAAUAUCCAAGAGCCUGAGUUCACAUCAAUAAUUCAUCUGAAACUAUUUGAUUGUUCUAUAAAAAAAAAAUUAAAAAAUGUAAGCCACGCUCCACC